CGCUGCCAACCUCAGAUUGAUCUGCCCUUAUUACUCUUGCCCACCCUGUGAACUCACAUGCGCCUCCACCGACUGUGCUGGGACCUCGGCACGCUGUUGAAUGUGCUCGUUUGUUUGCAUCUGAGGUGCGCAACAGCCAUGAGCGAGCGAGCGAGCGAGCAGGUUUCCACAGAGACCUUCUGGCUCCCGCGUCGGCCCCAGCUAGUUUCUGGCUAGCAUCCAUCCAUCCUUAUCGGCACGGAAAUAUCUACCAACAGCUUCCAGGGAAAGGCCCGUAAGAUAGCAGCCGGGACCAGUUGCUCACACCCCUGGGCAGCCCGACUGAUCACUGGCCACGCGCUGCUAAAAUUGAAACGGACCGAACUCGGUCGUGUUUGAAACAUCCGGGAACGCUGAUCCAGGCCAACAUCGACCGCGGUCCCAUCGGACAUUUUGGGGUUUCUUUUUGGCACGAGGGCCAUCAGUACCCAUAUACCUUGGUCGCCCGUCGGCCAUUUAGCCCGCAUAGCACAUAGCACUUACCUCUCAACCUUCCAUCCUGGCUUCGGACCAGUUGACACGGCCAAGCACAACAAUGGCCGACGGAAAUUUUAGGCCCGCGCUUCUGGUGGUAGAUUUCCAGGAGGACUUUUGCCCACCGAACGGCUCCCUGGCCGUCGCGCACGGCCGGGACAUCGCGCCCGUGGUCAACCAGCUGCUCUCGGCGUCGGGCCUGGUGCUCCGCGUGGCGACCAGGGACUGGCACCCGCCCGAUCACGUGUCGUUCGCGGCCAACCACGCGGGCAAGCGGCCCUUUGUCGACACGGCCACGGUCGUGAACCCGCUCAACGCGGCCGAGACGUACGAGACGCGCCUCUGGCCCGUCCACUGCGUGCAGGGCACCGGGGGCGCCGAGCUGGUGCCCGAGCUGGACCGCCGCCGCGUCGACGCCGUCGUCGACAAGGGCACGCGGCCCGAGGUCGAGAUGUACAGCGCCUUCCACGACCCGCUCGCCCGCCCGCGCGUCAGCGACUCCGGCCUGGCCGCGCUGCUGCGCGCCGCCCGCGCCACCCACGUCUACGUCGUCGGCCUGGCCGCGGACUACUGCGUCAAGAGCACGGCGCUCGACGCCGCCGCCGAGGGCUUCGUGACCUGCAUCGUCGAGGACGCCACCCGGCCCGUCGACCCGGACGGCUGGCCCGCCGUCCGCGACGAGAUCCGCGCCGGGGGCGUCGCCGUCGUCGGCGUCAACUCGCCCGAGGUGGCGCGGCUGAGGCUGGGCGCUGCGCGGAUUUGAACGAGGGACUGCUGAGGUUCUGAGAUUAUGCCUGUCUGGCUCUAUGUGUUUUUUUUUUACCAUCUAUCCAUAGUUUGCCCCUUAUGGGAUCAGCCAUGUUGGGCAAAACCCCGUCCCAAAGCGAUCAGCUGCUCGCUCACACGGUAGCAGAUAUUUCCAUGAAUUAUCACCAUCCUCAGUUCCAAAAAUAAACCCCUUAGCCUGGCUUUCACAA